CUUCAUGUUUUGGAUAUGUAUGGAUAUGUAUUGAUAAAUCAUGUGUCUCUUCCAGGCGGUGAUGGGGCAGAUACAGAAGAGAGACUGGUGGAGCAUCUUCUCAAUCCAGCUCACUACAACAAACUGAUCCGACCAGCGACUAAUGGAUCAGAAGUGGUGACAGUGCAGCUGAUGGUCUCGCUGGCGCAGCUCAUCAGUGUGCACGAGAGAGAACAGAUCAUGACCACCAAUGUCUGGCUUACACAGGAAUGGCAGGACUACAGACUAACAUGGAGCCCAGAAGAGUUCGAUGGCAUGAAGAAGGUCCGUCUUCCCUCCAAGCAUAUUUGGCUGCCUGAUGUUGUUCUUUAUAACAAGUAAGCCUCGAAAGAUCAUCUUGCUUAGCUUUCUCUACAGCUUAUCGCUGCUUUAUUACAUCUGAUCC